AUGUUUUCUUUCAGUCUGUUGAUACUUCUGUUCUUGGAGGCUGGAGCCAAUGAAAGACCAGCGAAGGACGCGGACAGUUCGUCAGAACGAGGCGAUGGGCGGUCUCAAAGUCCUCCGUAUAAACCAAUCCAGAAACGCGUGAUCAGUGGUCCUACUGAUAGAAUAUCGUCAUUGCGGCUGCCAAAUCCGAAUCAGAAUGACUUGCUGACCAGACCUGCCACACAUAGCUGCAACUGUCCUUACCAUAGACCAAUCUAUCGAAAAUUUCGUAAUCGCCAUCGCCAUGGACGCUCUGUCGAAGAGUCAAUGGAGGAUAGUGAAUCAUAUAGGACCAUUCGGAGUGACCACCCUGGAAACACUCAUGGUCGGGGGGAGGAAGCCCCAUCUGGAUCCAGAUCGAAAGCUAAUGAGUGUGAAUUCCGGGACACGAUCACUUGUGAUAAGUUCAGUAAAUAUAGAACAAUCAACGGCAGCUGUAACAAUUUGGCGAAUCCGUACUGGGGAAUGGCAGAGACCCCUCUAGUCCGCUUUGCCUGCUUUGCUUAUGACGAUGGAUUUGGUCUGCCGAGGCGAAGAGGAAGAUUUGGUCGCCUACCGGAACCAAGGGAGAUAAGACUUGUGAUACACGAGAGAAGUCGGCAGCGCCACGAACUGAAACGAUUCACUCAUUUCCUGAUGGCAUUUGGGCAAAUGUUAAGUCACGACAUCUUAGAAAACGUUGUAUCUGAAACACCUGACGGAGACGACCUUGACUGUUGUGGAAUCCAUAGAGGAGACCCCAAUUGCAUCAUGCCGCUGAAAAUAAGAAGAAACGACCCAUUUUUCAGUCAGUUUGGGAAAACCUGUCUGAACUUUUCCCGAUCGGAACCCUCGCCUGAUUUAAAUUGUAACUUCGAGGUCCGCCAAACCAUCACCGAAUAUACGCAGUACAUUGAUGGCUCUUCGUUCUAUGGGUCAGACAUGGAAUCUUAUCCUGGGCUGCGCGAAUUCAGCGGAGGGCGCUUGCGAACACAAAAUCAUCCUAACGGAGAAGGAGAUCUUAUGCCAGCAGCAGACGAACCGGAAGAUGGAUGCCGUGAAAGCAAUACAGCGUAUAAGUGCUUUCUUUCCGGUGAUGGUAGAGUGAACCAACAGGCAGCAUUAACUGGGCAACACACCAUAUGGCUCAGGGAACAUAACAGAAUUGCUAGAAAACUGGAAACGUUAUAUGGCAGUACCUGGAACGACGAAAAAAUAUUCCAAGAAGCUAGACGAAUUGUCGGUGCCAUGUUUCAACACAUAACUUACAGCGAGUAUCUACCUGUAAUCUUGGGCAACAAAAUCAUGAGACUGUUUAACCUGAAACCGAAAAGCAGUGGUAAAUUUUUCAAAAAAUACAACCCCUGCGUGAAUCCCAAUAUGCGCCAUGGAUUCAUGGCUGCUGCUUUCAGGUUUGGACACAGCAUGAUCAAUGAUAACCUUGGGUUUCAAUCAUCCAACGGGAACUACAUUCGUCGUCGAUUUAGGGAACUUUUCAAUAAGCCCGAUCCUAUGUACAAACCUGAAGGGGUAGAGCAAGUGAUGCGAGGACUUUAUAUCGAGCGUUGUCAGAGCGUGGAUAGGUUCAAAUCAGUGGAAGUUACCAAUCACCUCUUUGAGAGAGACGCGGGUACCGGGGGGGACCUCAUAGCUACCAACAUCAACCGAGGACGAGACCACGGUUUGCCCCCUUACAUGGAGUUCCGAAAAAUGUGCGGACUUUCAACGACUAGAAGAUUUUCUGGACUGAGAGAUCAUAGCCGCAAAACUAGGCGACUUCUCCGUUACAUCUACGCUCAUGUAUUUGACAUGGAUUUAUUCACCGCUGGGGUAACAGAAGAACCUCUGGAGGGGGCUCUAGUGGGCCCCACUUUUGCAUGCCUAAUUGGACUGCAGUUCAAGGCGCUGAAGUUUGGAGACAGAUUCUAUUAUGAGAACAAUCAACCUAUCACAGGAUUCACUCUACCACAGCUGGAUGAAAUCAAGAAAACCACACUGGCGCAGGUCAUUUGUAGAAACACCAACAUUGGGAAGAUUCCGGAAGACGUCUUCAGACAUGGUUUGCCGGAGGUGUACUGUUCAAGCAUGCACCAUGACAUCGACUUGUCAUUUCUACUGAGUCCUCUGCUCUUGGAGGCUAGAGCCGACAAAAGACUAGAACUAAACGACGGAUAUGCUGCAGACAACACACAACUGUUAACAAAGAGAGGAGAAAGACGAUCUCAAAGCGAAUCGCAACAGUAUGGCCUACUAUAUAAGCGUCUGUUGAUGGACAGUCCUUCAUAUAAACUAAUCCAGAGACGUGUGAUCAAUCGUCCAGGAAACAGAGGACCAUCAUCCCGGCUACCGAAUCCACAACAGAAUAAAUUACUAACCAGACCUGCCACACAUAGCUGCAGGUAUCCCUUCAGUAAUCCACUCUACAGAAAAAUUCACUACCGCCAUCGUCGCUCUGUGGAGGAGUCACUGGAAGAACCAUACAGCAAUAGUACAAUUCAGACCGCCCGUACUGUACAUACGGGUCCCAAGCAGGUGACCAAGAGACAGAGGAAGACGAGACAAUCCAGACCCAGGCCCAAAUGCGAAUAUAAAGAGAAGAUCACGUGCUAUGAGAGCAGUAAAUAUAGAACAAUUGACGGCAGCUGUAACAAUUUGGCUAAUCCGUACUGGGGAAAGUCGGGGACUCCUCUGAUCCGAUUUGUCUGCUCAGCCUAUGACGAUGGACAUGGUCUGCCAAGACGAAGUGGAGUAUUUGGUCGCCUACCGGAACCAAGGGAGAUAAGACUUGAGAUACACGAGAGGAGUCGGCGACGCAACGAACUGAAACAAUUCACUCAUUUCCUGAUGGCAUUUGGGCAACUAUUAGACCACGACAUCUUGGGAAACAUUUUGUCGAAGACACCUGAUGGACAUGAACUUGACUGUUGCGGAGUUCAUAGAGGAAACCCUAAUUGCAUCAUGCCGCUGAAAAUAAGAAAAGACGACCCAUUCUUCGGCCACUUUGGGAAAACCUGCUUGAACUUCGCCCGAUCGCAACUCUCUCCUGACUUAAAUUGUAAUUUCAAGGUUCGACAAACCAUUACUGAAAGUACACAUUACAUCGACGGGUCUCCUUUCUAUGGAUCAGAUCUCAAAUCUCAUCAUGGGUUGCGAGAGUUCGUUGGGGGGCGUCUGCGAACACAAAAUCAUCCUAGCGGAGAAGGGGAUUUGAUGCCAGCAGCAGACGAAGCGGAAGAUGGAUGCCGUGAAACCAAUUCAGCGUACAAGUGCUUUCUUUCCGGCGAUGUUAGAGCGAACGAACAGCCUUCACUUACAGGUCAGCACACUAUAUGGCUCAGGGAGCAUAACAGAAUUGCUAGAAAGCUGGAAAGAUUAUUUGGCAGAACUUGGAACGACGAAAAAAUAUUCCAAGAAGCUAGACGAAUUGUCGGUGCCAUAUUUCAACAUAUAACCUAUAACGAGUACCUACCUGUAAUCCUGGGCAAGAAAAUCAUGAAACUGUUUCACCUGAGGCCUAAAAGGAAGGGUAAUUUUUUCAAAAAUUACAAGCCUUUUGUGAAUCCCAAUAACCGCCAAAGCUUCAUGACGGCUGCGUUUCGAUUUGGACAUAGCACGAUCAAUGAUCAUAUCGGGUUCAUGUCUGCCAGUGGGGAAUACAAUCGACGUCGACUUAGGCAACUGUUCCUCAAGCCCGACCCUAUGUACCAACCUGAAGGGGUAGAACAAGUGAUGCGAGGACUUUACAUUGAACAUUGUCAGACUGUGGAUAGGUUGAAAUCAGCGGAAAUUACUGAUCACCUCUUUGAGAUAGGUAGAGGGACUGGGAGCGAUCUCAUAGCUAUCAACAUCAACCGAGCACGAGACCACGGCUUACCCCCUUACAUGGAGUUAAGAGAAAUGUGCGGACUUUCCAAGACUAACAAAUUUUCUGGAUUGCUAGACCAUAGCCCUCAAACUAGGCGAUUUCUCCGUCAAGUUUACGAUCAUGUUUAUGACGUAGAUCUGUUCACCGGCGGCGUGUUAGAGGAAACCCUGGAUGGGGCUGUCGUAGGCCCAACCUUUGCAUGCAUAAUUGGGCUGCAGUUCAAGGCGCUGAAGUUUGGAGACAGAUUUUAUUAUGAGAAUCAUCAGCCUAGGACGGGGUUCACUUUAGCACAGCUGGAUGAAAUCAAGAAAACCACAUUGGCUCAGGUCAUUUGUAGAAACACAAACAUUGGGAAGAUCCAGAAGGACGUCUUCAGAUAUGGUUUACCGGAAGUGGACUGCUCAUAUAUAGAUGACGACAUUGACUUUUCUUGGUGGAAAGAAUCUUAACCAGCAUCAACGACAAGUUUUAAGUACACCAGAAAUCCAAGCGACGCCAUUACUUUUACCAUCUCACUUGGGAAGACGAAUGUACUUCGGACUUUUUCCUUUCUUUUGUUUUACUUAUCUUUAUAUACGCCAAGAUGAUUAGUGAGCCUAUAUGUAUAUUUUGAGCUUACAAACCUUAUCAUUAAAGGUGCGACUCCCCUGCAUUUUUUAAGAGAAGACUUUCAUGUAUAAAUCUACUCAUACACAACUAUAAAUCGUGUAUCUUUGAUUAACAAAUAAAAUGUUGA